UGCCGCAUCACGCAAUAAGCUCUCCGGGCCAGGAACAGACCGACUUGCUGAUUCGGUGGCUGUAAACAAAGAACCAAUAAAGAAUCCAUAUAUAUCUGCGAUCGGACGACUACUAAAAGAUGACAAAUUCAAGUUGAAAUCAACAUCAUAUCAGUUGUUCAAGCUUAUGAUUGAAUUAUCAUUACUAUCUGCAAAAUGCAAGAUUGAAAUACAACUAUCUAAGCAAACGCUGCAAGGUCUGAAUCAGGAUCAACAGAACCAACGUGAGCUGCAGGACCAAAAUAUAUGGCUACAGACAGAAAAUGAAAUUUUCAAAGGACUGGUACAAGAACAAGAACAAGAAAAUCGCCGGCGUCAUAGCACAGUUGGAACAGACGGUCACCGAUGGUAUUGGAAAAACGAACGUGAUAGAACAUGGGAAGAAUUUGAUGACGCCAACAAUGACAGACUAGAAAGGAAAAGGUGUAAAGGGAAAAGAUUUGCACAUGUACAAGAGGGUAGUCACUGGCAGCAGGUGACAUUUGAUUCGAUGAAAAUGAAAAUAAUCAACUUUGAUGUUGAAACCGAAGUUAAACGAUCAGGUAGUAAGCCGCUGUAUGAAGGAUUCGCAUAUGGGAAAACGUUUCCAUCUGAUGACGACAGAGACCAAUCAAAACCUAUGAAGAGAAAUAAGAAAAAGAACAGGGAAAAGGAUACAAUGCAGCCAUUAUCGAAUCGUGAUGACCAACAACGCCAAGACUACGCAGGGGAAGGAAAACUCGAACAGCAACUACUGAGGAAAGGAGGGGACGAUAGAAGUGAUCCAGAUGGAUCCGAUACCGACCAUGAAAAGCGUUACACAGAAAUACCUCCUCCCACAGACAAACGUGUUGUUACUUUACCAGAUCGCAGUAGCAGUAGUGAUCGAGUUCAGAAGAUAGGGGAAGCCGACUUUUCUACCUCUGAUGACGACGAUGAUGAAUCGAAACCUGGAAGGAGAAAUAAGAAGAAAGAUGUCGAAAAAGACAAAAGAUAUAAGAAUGGAAGACAGAAGGACGAUAAACACGAUAAGCGCACAGGGAAAAGAAAAUCGGCACAGCAACGGUCAAAGAGGAAUGGAGACGAAAGAAGUGAUCCAGAUGGAUCUGAUAGCGACAAUGGAAAACACUACACAGAAAAGUCUACAGCAAAAAAGGACAGUGCCGCUUUGCCAGGUCACAGCAGCAGUUAUGAUACAGUUUGUCAAACCGAGGAAUUUGAUGAGGAUGGUUCUCAAUCUGACCACGGCAUGAAGAAAUGGAAACAGAGAAGGAAAAAAAGAGAAAGCAAUGAAGACAAACAAACAAGACAAGCGUCUGGCAAACAAAGUUAUUACAUCGCAGGUGAUGUCAAUACGUCUGAUGAAAUAAGUGAGAAGAAAAAUACACAUCACCAAGGCCGUAGACGGGACAGUGUGGAUGAGGAAGGACAAACAAUAUCUUUGGACGACACAGAUGCAGAACCAUCUCCUCCUGGUGACGACAGUAAGAAACAUAAAUCAGAUGGAUCUGAUAGCGACAAUGGAAAACACUACACAGAAAAGUCUACAACAAAAAAGGACAGUGCCGCUUUGCCAGGUCACAGCAGCAGUUAUGAUACAGUUUGUCAAACCGAGGAAUUUGAUGAGGAUGAUUCUCAAUCUGACCACGGCAUGAAGAAAUGGAAACAGAGAAGGAAAAAAAGAGAAAGCAAUGAAGACAAACAAACAAGACAAGCGUCUGGCAAACAAAGUCAUUACAUCGCAGGUGAUGGCAAUACGUCUGAUAAAGUAAGUGAGAAGAACAAUACACAUCACCAAGGCCGUAGACGGGACAGUGUGGAUGAGGAAGGACAAACAAUAUCUUUGGACGACACAGAUGCAGAACCAUCUCCUCCUGGUGACGACAGCAAGAAACAUAAAUCCGGGAAAAGAAAACUGGAACAACAACGGUCGAAGAGGUUUAGCGACGAGAGAAGUGAUCCAGACACUUUUACUUCACCAACGAGUACAGAGGUUCCAGAGCUUUUCGAAGAGAUUUCAGUACGACAGGCAACGGUUCAUGGAAACGUUCGCUUAUUGAGAGCUUUGGCAUUGUCGAGCGACAAUCUCACAGAGUCGGGACAAUACUUUCCUUUACAUACCGCCACAUCACUUGGAUUGAAGAGAACCGCGUCGUUUCUUCUGCAAUCAGGAUUUGAUUUGGAUGAGCAAAAUGAUAACGGUCAUACUCCUAUUCAACUUGUCAACCCAUGGCGAGAUAAUGUUUUGUGUGAAUAUAUACAGAAAGUUGGAGGAACAGAGGUCUCCCUCUCAACUAGUAAUCAACAACCAUGCGACGAACGUAUUCACACGGUCAACAUGGAGAGAGUUGAUUUAUCUACAUCAACGGUUUACCUCCCCUCUGCACAGUUCCGAUCGACAUUUAUGAGAAGAGAUACAUCGCGAAAAAUGUUUUUUGUCUCCCGAUUCCUCUCAAAGUACGCCACAGUCUGUAAAUAUCAGAUGCAUGGGUUGCUAUGGCUCCUGGGAAGAUACAUCACUGAGGACUACUACCAAUGCCUGAACGACAUAGUCCUUCCAGAGAAGAACCUUCUGCGAUAUAAAGAGUGCAGCACGGGUGUUAUCGAUUUCUGUACAUGGAUCAAAUGUAGAGGAGGGGAACACACUUGCAGAAACAUUGAAAGUGACCAACUGCCCGACUGGAUUCGUACCCUACUGCAGAAAAAAUCUGAACUUAGUCAUGAUGUAACCAUUCUCUGUGAUGGCUGGACUCCGAUGCAUUACGCUGUCCUAACAAGCAAUAAUGAUCUAGUCAAGCAAUUGCUAGAUACUGGGAAAGGGUACUUGACUGAAAAAACGCACACAUUGCUUCCAAAGUUUAUUCUUGAUCAACUGAAAGGAAUUAGCCGUUUUGAGUAUGAGUUUGUUUACAAUAACAUCGAAGGCUUCACGCCUCUUAUGCUUGCGACAUUCACUGAAAAUCAAACGGCGAUUAAACUAAUUGGUCAGCGUAUUGAAACGUUUAACGGAUUCAACGGGAAAGAUAUCGCUGAUUGCCUCACGCUAGCGUAUUGUGAAGAAACAGAAAAAAAUCUUCUUGAUACCCUUUGCAGGAUUGGUAAACAACAUUUAUUACAGAAACAUCAUGUCGACGUCAACUUGCAACCCUUUUACAGAAAGAAAAACCCGAUGAGAAGGGUACUACUUGGUUCCUCAACGGAAGUGUUUGACACGAUAAAAGAGGAUUUUUUUGCCGUCCAGAUCAUAGUUGAGAACAAAGCUAUCAUCAGCGAAUAUCUAAACCUGGCUACAACAGACGAGGUUCCAGAAGAAGAAGACAGACUCUUGGCAGAAACGAUACGGCAUCAUUCAGAUAGGUUAUGGAAAAGACACAGUUCACUUAACGCUAUCAUGCCAGGUCAUGUAUCGUCACUACCAGACAUAUGUCCAGUGUAUAGUAGGGCGGUCAUGGUUGUCUUUCAUAGCAUUGACAAGGAAUUGAUUCCUUCAUCUGAACUACCAUUCCAAGAAUAUUUGUUAACCAACGGAUCGCGUGUAUUAGUUCACGUAAUGGAAGGGUCAUUCAGAUUGACUCCGACAACCGAAAAGAAAACCGUACAAGUAGGUCGUAGCAUUGAUUACGAUGAAUUCCGGGCAACUCUUGGAACACUUGUUGAGAGUUCACAAAAGCAAAUAGGCAUUUUGACAUGUGCUCAUACGUUUCUGAGUGAAUGUUUCGACAGCAGUGAUGCUUUCUAUGAUCGAACAUUUGACCCAACGACUUCAUCAGAAAUCAAGAACGUACAUAAAGGUGCGGAAACGCGUCUGAAAGUGUUCAACGUAAAAAGAAAUGUAGAUGCCAAUCUUAUGGAAACUGAUUCGUCACAUACGUCACAUACCACCACGGAAGAAGAAGACGAUGCAAUGGACACUGGCCCUCCGCCGAGCAGUUGUGGGUUCGUAAGAAGACUGCUAUUGAGGCCAGACAAAGAAGUUGGUAUAGACGCAGCUCUAAUCCUCUUUCAUGAUGACGACUCAUUCACACGAGGUCCACACUUGCACCUCGAGCAUUCCAUGGCUAAACAGCAGCUUAAUAAUCUAGGUAUUCAAAAUAUGGAUCAUCUACAGUUUAAUAACGGCGACGAAUUCGAAUGUAAAUCAGGUGUCAAUGUCCUGAAGUGUGGCAUUGGAACUGGUUUAACUUCUGGAGUCAUUCGUUUUAAACAUGCAACGGGACAAGUUAGAAUAAGUGACAAUAGUUUUGAGCCGAUGGGAUUCAAUAACGGUAAAUCAAAACACAUUAUGAAAGGACAGCUUGUGGUGGAACAUACGGUGCAAACGGCACCAUUCUUUGCUCAAGGUGAUUCAGGCUCUGCGGUGUUUCUUAUGGAUAAGCGCUCGCCUCUGAAGUGUAUUGGAAUGGGUAUUGGGCAUAUGACGAAGAGUCCAGAUACUCUUGUGACGCCCAUCCGUUCAGUUCUGGAAGCGAUAUCAGAGGGCCAAGAUACCACGUACUCAUUAUUGAAUUUUCAGGGCAUGCCUGGUGCGCAUGCUGGCGUUUCUUAACAGUUUCCGUUUUAGUUAAAACCAUUAAGCGACGCAAAGCGCAGUCGGAGUUCGGAUUUGUAAACACAUUGUCAACUUCCGGUGCUUCCCAAUGCUAUAAAGCCUUCUAGAGAAUUCAGGCUGCAUACUAUCUACUGAAAUAAGAUUUUAAACCCCUGAGGCAUCCGUAUUGAUUACAUUUUACCUGAGAAUGUAGAUAAUUCUAUAUUUGAUAUCAACAUAUCCUCAAUGUAAUAACUAUUUACGAAAUAUUACAUCUUCACAUGUGACGAAAUCACUAUUAGUAUUGUCAAAUCAAAACGGUACAUUCUAUUCACUGCAUAGAUUUCAAGUUUCAGGUGAAGAUGAAACAACGGUAGAAGAAAUGAUUGUGUCGCUCCACCUUUGCAACUCUCAUUAUGGUAUUUACAUAAUUACACAUUCAUUUGAUAUCAUUUUUCGUUGGACAUAUAACCAGAUAAUAGCAGCAAAUAGCAAAACUGCAAGUUCAAAAUUGUGGUCAAGCAUGACCUCAUUAUCACCUGGCGUCAAACGUAUACGCUAAAACUUCACGUACUUUUCUGAUGUAGCAAUGUUUGCGUCGUGUGACGUGAAAAAAAAAAGAAAAAAACAACAUUUAAUGGUGUUCCCGUUAAAUACGAUAUACAAUUAUUCCACGCGUACAUAACACAAAAACUGUCUUUGAAUCAGAUUCAAGAGGUUAUAACUUCUUUCACAGCUAUCCUCUACCAGAUAUACCAUAGUACCUGGCGACUGCUCCACGAAAGUCUCGAACCCGCGACCCAGUAGUGGAGGGCUAGUAGAAGCAGAAUGUUAGACGUCUUAACCACUUUGGCACCGCGGCCCGAGAUACACUCCGUCCAUCCUGCUCGUAAUAAAUUAGUUUUGAAGUCAUUUAUGUAUUAAUAUGAAAGUUGGUAUGGUCUGAAUGAUAAUAGUAUUUAAUUUGAUCAAAAUGAUAUACUAAACUACACAAACAAGUCCGCCUUUUUAUAUUUAUAAACUAAUUUAUAAGCCAAAGAUAAUGUUCAAUUGAUUUGGGAUUGUUAUAUUUUUCACAUUUACAACAGAUAAACCGAGAGUUUACUACUGACAAUGAUGUUGUUUAUGUGUGCGUAAUAAAGGAUUAAUGUUCUAUGUAGUUUAUGUUAACGGUUGAUAACAUUUUUAUAUGCAUGCAUUAUUUCAAGACAGCUGACUUUAGUAUAGUACCCUGUAUAUCACGAUUAAAUACCUCGGUAAAUGCAUAUGCUGCUGUUCAGAUAUAGUAUGGAUUAAGAUAUAAUAUGAAUUAAAUUAGUGGUAUAUAGAUAAUUUAGCAGUUUGGCUUUGCCCAUAUUCUGUGAAAUCUAAGUGAGUUAUUGUAGACGUCGAGUUUUAUGUGAAGAUUUGUUUGUUUGUUUGAUUUUUUUUAACGUCCUAUAAACAGCUAACGUCAUUUAAGGACGGCCUCCCCUGUGU